GAUCUGAAAAGUGUCCUAUCUCCAAAACUGUGCAUUAGUCCUUGUAGAGGGAGCUAUUUGUUCCAACAGUACCACUGCUGUGUUGAGGUAAGAUGUGACACGCUUUAACAGUGAACUUUCUACAAUGUCGAACAGCAGCCAUUACAACAACUCUACCAGCAGCGUGGGUGGGCGCGUUCGCCCUCUGUGGUAUCAUUACCCAGAAUGUGUGGUGGCCCCUCAGCCCUUUGUCUUCUACUUUGUGGUCAAGGUGUUCAACUUGGUCGUUGGGACGCCGGGUAACAUCUUUGUCAUCUGGCAAAUCAUUUCAAAGAAGAAGAACACCUCCACAUCUGACAUCUUCAUCUUCAACCUGGCCGUGCUGGAUGCUUACUUCUGCUUGAUGAGCACAAUAGAGAUGGUCAACAGGCUGGAGCUGGGUGACGAGAAGAUCUGGAUCUUCCAAAGGUUUGCAUAUGGAGUGAAAGACCUGGCGCCACUCUUUCUUGUGUGUAUCUGUGUGGAUCGCUACAUGGCUGUAGUACAUCCCGUGUUUUUCUCUACUUACCAAGAGACCGUCACCAGAAUUCUCAUUUGUGUUGUAGUCUGGAUGUUCAUACUGCCCUACAGCAUCAUUAAGGGGGUUUGGGGAAUUAUGAGCGUGAGUGGCAUCUUCGGUGGGGUCAUCCUCUUUGCAUUUGCCGUAAUGUUGUUCUGCAACAUCUCCGUCAUCUGGGUCCUUCGUCACUCAGUGGCGGGAAAGGAAACAAUGCACCCAGUAAAGAAGAGAGCCUUUAAGAUGGUGCUGAAGAAUUUGGGAAUCAUUGUCUUCAACUACCUGCCACCUGUGGCCUUCAUGCCCUUUGUGUCUUAUUACACGUAUUUUGAGUACCGCUGUCAGAUCAGCAUCAGCGUGUUCUCCAUCAUGGAUCUGAGCUGCAGCAUUGAGCCACUGCUUUACGUCACAAAGAUGGAUGGACCGAAUUGUAUGUGCUGCAAGAAGGCCUCAGAAACGCCGACUGAUGUCAAGGUUUAAACAAUAAGCAAAGCUCUCCAUAUUUACUGACACCCCAAUGGCAAUGACAUCUGCAAGGCUUAGAAGAAAUUGUAGCUAUGGAGACCAAGAGAAAUACAUCCACACAUUUAUUUAGUUAAAAGAAGGAGUAAAGUAAAACUUUAAAAUUAGAAAAUGUAAUUCAAAUAAUAUUUCAAAUAGUUUUUUUUAGGUACAAUUUUGCCCUGAACUUAGAAAAGAUGCCAUCUAAUUGUUUUUUCUAAGUAUUUUAUUCUGAUACAAUGCUGCUGCAGUGAAACAUUGAUUGACUUUAAACCGUCUGACACACCUGUACCAAUGAUAGCAAUAAAUGUAGAGGGUAUUGUAACUACCUUUGUUAGAUUUUUUUUUCUUAUGAAAGGAAAAUAUUUCUUUCUUACCUGGCAACGCUACUAUUGUGUUUUUCAUAACUGCAAAUCCCCAAGUUUUACUUUGAUCUGUUUUAGUGACUUGGAUCGGAUAUUUUGUCCAUCAGAAAGUGGUUCUUAUUAUAAAUCCAAUAUGUAUGUUGCAGCUGUAGAUGAACAGAUUUAUGGGUGAUGAAGAAGUUAAUUUUUCUUUUUUUUUUUCCUCUAUUAAGAAUUUAGAUGAUUAAUGCAAUAAAUCUGUUGUGUUACUCAACCACCUAAUGAACAUUUGGAAUGUUUCAAAUCAAGAAUGGAAAUAGGAAAUAUGCUAAAACAAGAACUGAUUCAAUAUUUUAAUUAUCAAGAAAGAAAGCAUUUUAAUCUGAUUCACAUCCAAGUUGGGUUGAAAAUUGUCAAUAAAUGCUGUGAAGAUCACCUCUUCAAACUCUUUUUCUGUCUAUAUCGCAACCUGUGUAGACUUUUAUUAUAUAGGUUUUAUUUAUACAUUAAACUUAAUGAGCAUCAAUCUAAUUUUUACACAGGCAGAUAAAGU